AUGAUUUCAACGAAGAAAACAUGCGGACCUGAUACUCAUUCAAUGAAUAUUUUAUGUUGUAAAACAGCACAUGACUUUAUUAUUUUUCAUCGUUAUUUAUUAGAGUAUGAGUGGUUUUGUCAUUUUGAUGAUGAUCAAUAUGUAAAUGUUAAUAAUCUUAAAAAAUAUUUGUCUACACUCAAUCCUAAUCAACCUUAUUAUAUUGGACGUGCCUCAUGGUCUGAUACUGUAAAACGAUCAAAAGAACCAUAUCCAUAUUCAUUUUGGUUUGCUACAUUAGGUGCUGGUGUGUGUCUAUCAAAACGUACAAUUAUUCUUCUUGAAUCUUAUACAAAGAGUGUAUCAGAAUUUAUUGAUGGUUGUAUAAAUGAAAAUUAUCAUGAUGAUAUCUAUUUAGGUUUUAUCUUAAAUGCAUAUUUAAAUAUAACAUUAACAAAAAAUAAUCAUUUUCAUUCUCAUCUUGAAAAAUUCUUUUAUCAGAAUAAACAAACAUUCCUUCAUACAUUUACAAAUGAAAUAACAUUUGGUUUUAGAACACCUGAUCGAUAUCCUUAUUAUCUUCCUCAAUUGUAUAAAACUCAUUUAGAUCCAUAUCGUAUACGAACACUUCAUUGUCUUCUUUAUAUAACACAAUUUAAAGAAUGUGAAACAAAAAUUCAUCAACAUAUUUUUAAUUCUACUAAAUAG